AACCGACGUGCCCUUUUCUGUCAGUGAAAAAGUCACAAGACACAAAAAUACCGUCUCCGUCGUCGUCGUCCGGAUUGCAUCAGUCCAUCGGUCCAGCGAAAAAGUGCCCAAAAGGUUAUUUUUUCUCGGAUAUUUUCCGGAGCUUAAUGAUUCCCGUGGCGGCAGGUAGCGUACCGAAUAGUUUCCCGUAAUUAGUUUGUCCGAAGCGGUUGUGCAAAUAAAACGCAAGAUGGGAGAAAUUCGCGAUUGGCGUCCCUUUGUUUACGGUGGGGUGGCAUCGAUCACUGCCGAAUUCGGUACCUUCCCUAUCGAUACAACAAAGACGAGACUGCAAGUUCAAGGUCAGAGAAUCGACCAAUCUCACGCGGAGCUCAAGUACCGGGGCAUGACGGACGCAUUCGUGAAGAUUACCAAACAGGAAGGCAUGAAGGCGCUUUACUCUGGCAUUUGGCCCGCUGUGCUGCGGCAGGCGACGUACGGAACGAUCAAAUUUGGAACUUACUAUACGCUUAAGAAGGUGGCCACCGAGAAAGGCUGGCUGGUGGACAAGUCCGGCAACGAGAAUGUUUGGUGCAACGCCGGUUGUGCAACGGUCGCCGGAGCCGUUUCCAGUGCGAUUGCCAAUCCUACGGAUGUCCUGAAGGUGCGCAUGCAGGUGCACGGGAAGGGCACCAACAAUGCUGGUCUCGCAAGGUGCUUUAAAGAGAUUUACGUACACGAGGGUGUACGGGGGUUAUGGAGGGGAGUUGGCCCAACGGCUCAACGAGCGGCUGUGAUAGCGGCAGUAGAACUGCCAGUGUAUGAUUUUUGUAAGUUGCAUUUGAUGGAAACAUUUGGCGAUCAAGUGGCAAAUCAUUUUAUAUCAAGUUUCAUCGCGAGCUUAGGAAGUGCCGUUGCCUCAACGCCGAUAGAUGUGAUCAGGACGCGGUUGAUGAAUCAACGCCGGGUGCAGCUACAGGUGCAGAACCUUGGUCCAGGAGAAGCAGGUGGUGGCGGCGGCCGUGGAGUUGCUGGAGGCGGUACCGUGGCAGCUGUGGCAGCCGCCGCUCCCACUACAUCAGCGCCGAAGAUCUACACCGGCAGUUUAGAUUGUGCCAUCCGAACCGUCCGGAACGAGGGCUUCCGGGCGCUGUACAAGGGCUUCGUGCCGACGUGGGUACGUAUGGGCCCGUGGAAUAUCAUCUUCUUCAUCACCUACGAACAGCUGAAGCAGAUGUACUGAACGAGGCUCGGACGGAAUGAGACUUCUAAGACUAGACUAGAUUAUCAUAAAUAACAUAGCUUUUAUGUGCGUGAACUGCUGGAAAGCAAUUUAACAAUUAAUCUUGACAGUGAACUCGCAUUCAUACCGUUAUUGAGGUUGUUUAAAGUUUAAAUUGUGUUUUUACGAUAUCGUAAUUCCUUUUUCCUAAUUUUGUGUACCAAAGCUCGCAUUUCACCGAAUAAAAUCAUUUGCAUUUGUCAUUUGCAUUUGACUAACCAAAUCAUGCAUUUGCAUUAACACCUUUCAACACGUCAUUUGGUAAAUCACUCGAAUAUUUUUAGUGCUAUGUUACCUAUUGUUAUAUUCUACCGGGAAUUUUCUAAGAAUAAAGUAAUCUCCUGUAUUCUUGUUUAUGGUC